AGGGGGCUUCGCCCAGGAGCCCUGACGUAACCUGGAGGGACCGCGCGCCCCCUUCUUAAGGAGCCGCCACGAGCCCGGGCAGCGACGGGAGCCGGGCGCCAGCGGGCUGGAGUCGGACUCGGCGGCUGGCGGAGUUUCAGUGACACAAUGGAUCCUGGGAACAGAGGAAGAAUUCACUCCAACGCGAGACUUAUCUGCUCUCUGUUAAUCAUGGGAGUGUUUUGUGUGACUCCUUUCUUCUGCCAGAGCCAAAAUGAUCCACUGUCCCUUGGCCGAGCUGAUCCCCAGUGCUGGGAAUUCUCCACAGCUGCCUUGCUGGAGAUGAGGAAGCCGCGUAUUUCUGACUCUGUCAGUGGCUUUUGGGACUUUAUGAUCUUCCUGAAGUCAUCAGAGAACUUGAAGCAUGGGGCUCUGUUCUGGGACCUGGCUCAGCUCUUCUGGGAUAUCUAUGUAGACUGUGUGCUCUCCAGAACCCAUGGCCUAGGGAGGAGGCAACUGGCAGAGGCUGAACAGAAAAUCACAGCUCUGCAUUCUCAGCUCACAGAGCGAAAGCAAGGGACAUUUUCUCACAAUCAGAGGAAACGAGUGCUGAACAAGAAAGAGCUGAUUGAAGACUUAAUAAGCAUCCAUGUGCACAAGAGUGGAUCUGCAUUACUCCGAAGAGUUAUUGGAGGGCUAGGGAUAAAGAGGAAACAAUGAGUCUAGUCUGAGGCUUAUCUGUACAGUGGAUAUUUUUAAAACAAUUUCCUUUUGGUUUUUGGUUUUAAUCUUCAUUGGAAAGCUGCUCUAGGUGGAGGGGGCUGUGCCUGUAGCUAUCAACAUUGUAACUUUGGGUUAGCUUUGACUUUUUGGACUGUUGUGGUUCUUCAUUUUUUUUUUUAAAUAAUGCCCAUGAAUUCAGUCUCUUUAAUAAACUGCAUGAUUUAUAACCAGUUGGCCACCUUAUUGUGCACAUAAGCUACUGAAAUUGUGUCUGGGGGGCUGCUGGAGAAUAAGGCCCAGUCAUGCAACUGGAUGUGUACAGGCAGA